AUGCGCCCGUGCCGCCGCUUGCUGGCCAGUGUGUCUGACCAUGUGUGGCGCUUCGGGGCUGGCCGGCCGCGCGUGGCAGUGCUGGGGGGCGUGCAUGGCAACGAGCUGGCGGGCGUGGAGGUGGUGAGGACACUGGUGCAGGAGCUGAGCCAAGCCCCGCAGACCGCGGGCGAAGUCACGCUGAUCAUUGGGAACCCUCCGGCGGUGGCCCAAGCGACACGGUACAUCGAGGAGGACUUGAACCGCUGCUUCGAUGAUGUGUUCCCAGCGAAAAAUCUGGAGCAGAGAAGAGCCAAAGAGAUCUCAGCACAUUUAAAGGGGCUGGAUCUCCUCUUGGACCUCCACGCCACCAACAAGCCCUCGGAGCCCUUUGCGCGGCUCCCAGGUGGCACCAGCGGCCGCCGGCGGCGCUUCCAAGCUGCUGAGCAACUCUUUCUGCAGUGGCUGCCGGAGUCGUGCCAGAAGGUGCUCUGGGAUCCUCAAGGGCUCAUCGCAGGUGGUGCCAUGACGGACGAGUUCGCGCUGCGCCACGGUCCCCGCGGUGCCACGGGUCCUGUGGCGCAGAUUUGCUACGAAGCGGGCUUGGCCUCGGAUGCGAGCGUCGCGACGGCACUGCUGAUGGCAGUGCGGGCAGCACUCACAGUGGUGGGCGCGGUGGAGGCGACGCAUCCCUGCGCCGAUCCGCUCGUGAGCGAGCGCAAAUCCACGCGAGCAUGGGAGCAUUAUGAGAUCACCGAGAUCUUCCGCCUCGAUAGGCGCGGCUUCCGUUGGUUGCCUCCUUAUGGUGCCUACAACUUUCAGCCAGUGCCUUCGGGCGCUGCCUACAGUGCACGUGGGGAGAGCGAGGGCGAGCUGCUGGUGACGCGGGAGCCAAGCUAUUUGGUGUUUCCGAAGGUGCCCGAGCUUUGGGCCGAUGGCAAGCCUUUGGGCUGGCUCGCGCGGAGACUGAACUCGCUGUAG